UGUAAGGGAGAAAUAUUUUAAGAUCAAUGUUAAAACUGAUUUUGUUAUCUCGUUGCAUUGGUUAUAUUUCUUAAAAUACUUACUUUUGCAAUUGUUAGUUUAUAAAAAUGACAACUAUUACGAUAUCGGCCGUGCGGACUCGAACAAGCAUUCUUGACAAGUCAUUAAGCAAAGGGAAAGGAGAGGUUAGCCUAAGUUGUUUUACGCUUUUGUUUUCGGAACUUGUACAGUACUGUCAAAAUCGAGUUUACACCGUGCCGGAAUUACAAAACAAGUUGGCAGAAAUAGGAGCAGAAGUUGGACACAGAAUAACAGAUCUUUUAGUUGUACGGGAGAAAGGUGGAAAACGCGAGAUAAAGUUAUUGAAUAUUCUGCUAUUCAUUAAAAGUACUGUAUGGAAAUCGUUAUUUGGUCGCGAAGCUGAUAAAUUGGAACAUGCAAAUGACGAUGAACGCACAUACUAUAUCAUAGAAAAGGAAGCAUUAGUGAAUAAAUUCAUAUCUGUACCAAAAGAUAAAGGAAGCUUGAACUGUGCUUCUUUUAUUGCUGGAAUAGUUGAAGCUAUCCUUUGUGACAGUGGUUUUCCAGCAAAAGUGACAGCCCAUUGGCAUAAAGGGACAACAUAUAUGGUAAAAUUUGAUGAUGCAGUUGUUGCCCGUGAUAAACACUUAGAAGAUCGAUAAGCAAACUGAAAGGAGCA